UGCAUACUAUUAACAUGUUAUUACCAGAGGUGUUUUAGAUAUUGAUCCAGUAUUCCGUGGUAGUUACAAACUCACUCCCUCACCUCUCGGGUCAAUACAGACCUGUUUCGUUGAACUAAACCAAGUGAAAACAAAAUAGGCAAAAUGCCCAAGAGGAAGUCACCUGAGGGAGCAGAGGGGAAAGACUCAACUAAAGUUACAAAGCAGGAGCCCACCCGGAGGUCAGAGCGCCUGUCCUCGAAACCAGCUCCUCCUAAACCUGAGCCCAAACCCAAGAAAGCUGCGGCUAAGAAACCAGCUGAUGAUAAAGCUGUAAAAGGAAAGAAAGGAGGGGCCAAAGGGAAGAAGGAGGAGAAGGAGGCGGUGCCUACUGAGAAUGGAGAGACCAAGGCAGAGGGGGAGUCUGAGACCGCUGAGGCUGAGACUAAGGAGUGACUCUAAUUGGUUUUCUGGGGAAUCGAAAGACAAUUUUUGUAUUCUUUAUUGAGUAUUUUGUAAGAUGCUAACUUUUUUUUUUAGACUUGUCAUUGUAGAUUUACUUAGCAAACUCACACUCCUCUCAGUCCCUCGCCUCCCUGGUUCUCCUUUUUUGCCACCAAGAUGGACUGAUCUACCAACAGAAAAAAUGUUUUUUUUCUUAUAUGUUUCACCAGCAGCUGCCAUAUCAGUUCAUAACAUUUAGUCCAAUGGAAUCCGUGCCCUGCAUCACGUCCAUUAACAUAACAGUGCGUGGUUAACAUUUGUGCCGCCAGAACUCGUAUCCUAAGUGCCCUGAACAAACAGUCUGGACAUUCAGGUUCAUGAGUUUAGUACGUAGAGGAAGUCUUCAGGACUUUUCAAUGAAAACCUCUCAAUAUGUGUGAAUGAAUGAGAAUAAGAGAAAGUCACUGAAGUUCAUUGAAUUUUCCAAAUUGUUCUUUUUUUCCGUUGGGCGGAUUAGGACUCGUGAACGUUUCUGACUUUUUAAAGUUGCUAAUUUGAAUAAGACCCUUAACAACGGCACAUAACCACAGCAAUAAACGAGGGGUGCUGGAAGAUUCUGAGAGUUGCGUUCUGACGUGGUUCUAGAGAUCCGCCUGCUUGGUUUGGAAUAUUGUCUGUGAAAAAUGUUUUCAAAUAAAAACAAAUAAAAGACAAAGA